CUCAUCAACAAUCCUGUCAGAUCAUCAACUCCAGGCUGUUCUCCCCACCCACAAAUUUCCUAUAUCCUACAAUAUAUCCAUCAUGACCGUCCGAAUUGGAAUCAAUGGUUUCGGUCGUAUCGGUCGAAUCGUGGCUCGAAAUGCUAUCAUCCACGGUGAUGUAGAGAUUGUUGCCAUCAACGACCCCUUUAUCGACCUUGAGUACAUGGUGUACAUGUUCAAGUACGACUCAACCCACGGUAAAUUCAAGGGAACCGUCUCCACUUCGGGCGGCAAGCUUUACAUCAACAACAAAGCUAUCGAUGUUUACUCUGAGCGAGAUCCCACUGCUAUCCCUUGGGGUAAAUCUGGUGCCGAUUACGUUGUCGAAUCAACUGGUGUUUUUACUACCAAAGAAAAGGCUGGGGCUCAUCUGAAGGGUGGUGCCAAGAAAGUCAUCAUCUCUGCCCCCUCAGCUGACGCCCCCAUGUAUGUCGUGGGUGUUAACCUUGACUCCUACGACCCGAAGGAGACCGUCGUCUCCAACGCUUCCUGUACAACAAAUUGUCUUGCACCUCUUGCUAAGGUCAUCCAUGACAAGUACGGGAUUGUUGAAGGUCUCAUGACCACUGUCCACGCCACUACUGCGACGCAAAAAACUGUGGAUGGUCCAUCUGGUAAAGAUUGGCGUGGUGGUCGAGGUGCUUCUGCCAACAUCAUUCCUUCCGGCACUGGUGCUGCCAAGG